GCAGCCGCAGAGGCUAGCAACAACAGAUGCAGCUAUGCACGAUGCCUGCAUCCAGACCACGACCAAGUGAAAGCCUCAUAUACGCACCCCAUCCCCUAUCUGCAUGCACAGUUCACCCGUUGCAGACCCUCAGACCCUCAGACCCUUUGCUCGAGCCCGUGACUAGCGCUCGGCAACGCGUUGUUUAUCCUUCCACCCUCUCCGCAACACACUGCCAGCAUUACACUCCGCUGCUACUGGCUCAGCCACGCACAGCAUCCAUCUGAUCUGCCAGCGAAGCAGCAGAGACCACCGCCGUCAUGUCGCACACCGGUACCAUGCGCGGUACCCCUAAGAACCGCAAUCAGCCUGCACGAGCCCAGUUCGUCGACAGCCCGUCUGGCAUCCCCCGUCCGGCCCUCGAGACCCACGCCUCACACGUCGCUGGCAGCGAUGCUGGCCUCUCCACACUCAGCGCCAGCCGUGCAAAGCAGUCCAAAAGGGACGAGGCCAUCCGCCGCAAGAUCGAGACGGAUCUGAACAAGAAGAAGAACCCUGGCGGCCGGGUGCGCCCAACACGCAAAGCCCCUCCGGGCACAGUCCUGGCCCUGAAGCCUAGCCCAGCUCUCCAGAUCCAGGCUUCGACGACUGUCGCAGAGGCCGCACAGCUCAUGGCCGCGAAGAGGGAAGACUGCGUGCUUGUAACAGACGAAGACGACCAUGUCGCCGGUAUCUUCACUGCCAAAGAUCUGGCUUUUCGUGUCGUUGGCGCAGGCAAGAAGGCGCAGAGCGUUACAAUUGCUGAGAUCAUGACCAAGAACCCUCUUUGCGCAAAGACAGAUACCAGCGCAACGGAUGCGCUCGACCUUAUGGUCCGCAAGGGCUUCCGUCACUUGCCGGUCAUGGACGAGAACCACGACAUCGCUGGAAUCCUCGACAUCACAAAGUGCUUCUACGACGCUAUGGAGAAGCUCGAGCGCGCAUACAGCUCUUCUCGCAAGCUCUACGAUGCUUUGGAGGGUGUACAAGCCGAGAUGGGCUCGAGCCAGCCCCAGCAGAUCAUCCAGUACGUCGAGGCUAUUCGCCAAAAGAUGUCUGGUCCUACGCUGGAAUCAGUCCUCAACGGACUGCCACCUACAACUGUGUCUGUCAGGACAUCGGUCAAGGAGGCCGCAGAGCUCAUGAAGGAGAACCACACAACCGCCGUUCUUGUCCAAGAUCAGGGUUCAAUCACUGGUAUCUUCACCAGCAAGGAUGUCGUCCUCCGUGUCAUUGCCGCCGGUCUCGACCCAGUGACAUGCAGUGUCGUAAGGGUUAUGACACCUCACCCCGACUUUGCGCCCAUGGAUAUGAGCAUCCAGGCGGCUCUUCGCAAGAUGCACGAUGGUCACUACCUGAAUUUGCCUGUUAUGAGCGAGGCGGGCGAGAUUGUUGGUAUGGUCGACGUCCUGAAGCUCACUUACGCUACACUUGAUCAGAUCAACAACAUCAACACAGGAGACAGCGAAGGUCCGGCAUGGAACAAGUUCUGGUUGUCGCUUGACAACGACACGGAGUCGAUGAUGUCCGGCGACGGCUCGAGUCGCAUGCCGGGCACGCCGGACGCGCGAUCGAUGAUGUCUCAUAACGAUCGCCCGCAUAUGAUGGACCGCGGCGACAGUGUCCUCCCCAACGAAUCCGCCUCGCACCACGGCGAAUCUCCACCUCCGUCAGCAGUCGCCAGCGCACACCCUACUGCCGUAGAAGACAUCCCGUUCCCGUUCAAGUUCAAGGCUCCCAGCGGACGCGUGCACCGCCUGCAGGUCACAGCCUCGGCUGGCAUCGAAGCGCUCGUAGCGCACGUAGCCGGCAAGCUGGGAUCGGAGGUCGACUCGAUCGGCGGCACACCCACGUUCGAAGACGGCGCAAUCUCCAAGGCCGGCUUUGCGCUGAGCUACCUUGACAACGAGGGCGAUACAGUAAGCAUCACCACCUACGACGAUCUUGUCGAAGCAAUCAGCCUUUCCCGCCACGCGCACCGCGAGAAAGUCGAUCUAUUCGUCCACGAUCCAGAGAAGCCGCCCAUGCCCGCUGAAGUCAACCCCCAACCCGCGCUCGCCAGGCCCGUUUCGCCCCCCGAGAGUGUGCUCAGGGAGCGCAAGCAGUUCUUCGACGACGAGGAGGAGGAGGAUGCGCCCAAGAGCAGGAGGGCCCAGGCUGCGCCUCAGCAGGCGCCCGAGGUCGUUCCCGGUGUACCCAACGACUUGUUGUUGCCUGGUGCAAUUGGUUUGCUCGCUGUUGUCAUCGUGGUUGUGUUUACUAUUGGGCGCGCGUCUGGAUCUAGCCGGUAAGCAGGGAUGGAAGUGGUGAUUGUGUAGAUUUCCCUGGAAGUUUGUACCAUCAGCCGGUUUUUGCGUUGAGUUUUGAUAUCCAUAGAUUGCUGGAUCGUUUAUUCCAUAGAUUGCUGGAUCGUUUAUUCGCAUAUCAUAAGUUUUUAAUACGCUG